GAGCUGCUCUGACUUCCGCGUUUGUGCGAUUAGGCGGAGACCAAGCGGCCGGGAGCAGGGACCGAGCUAAAGGAUCCGGGACGCUCCGUUUACCAUUCAUUAGAGAGAGAGAAAGGAAUACAAACAACGCGGACAAACAUGUCGUACGAACUGAAGCACGUGUUUGCCAGCCUUCCUCAGAUGGAGAGGGGCGUGGCCAAAAUUAUCGGUGGGGACCCAAAAGGGAACAAUUUCCUGUACACAAAUGGAAAAAGUGUCAUCAUUCGGAACAUUGAUAAUCCUUCAAUUGCUGAUGUCUACACAGAACAUCCUCACCAAGUCAUCGUUGCCAAAUACGCACCCAGUGGCUUCUACAUUGCCUCAGGAGAUGUGUCGGGUAAGAUCCGGAUUUGGGACACGACUCAGAAGGAGCACUUGCUGAAGUACGAGUAUCAACCCUUCGGAGGGAGGAUAAAGGACAUCAGCUGGACUGAGGACAGCAAGCGUAUCGCCGUGGUGGGAGAAGGACGAGAGAAGUACGGUGCGGUGUUCCUAUGGGACUCGGGCUCUUCAGUGGGCGAGAUCAUCGGCCACAGUAAGGUCAUUAACAGCGUGGACCUGAAACAGACCCGGCCGUACAGGCUUGCCACGGGCAGCGAUGAUAACAGCGUCGCCUUCUUCGAGGGGCCACCUUUCAAAUUCAAGUGCACUGUUAGCGAUCACAGUCGCUUUGUGAAUUGUGUUCGUUUUUCGCCAGACGGAAGCCGGUAUGUUUCAGCAGGAGCCGACGGACAGAUCUUCAUUUACGAUGGAAAGACGACAGAAAAACUGGGAUCGCUCGGAGGAGAGAAAGCUCAUGAGGGCGGGGUUUACGCUGUGAGCUGGAGUCCAGACAGCACUCAGCUUAUCUCUGCAUCCGGCGAUAAGACCGUCAAAUUAUGGGAUAUGGCGAGCAGCACUGCCGUGACGACCUUUAAACUGGGCACUGAUGUUUUCGAUCAGCAGCUGGGUUGCCUGUGGCAGAAAAAUCACCUCCUGAGCAUUUCACUGUCCGGCUACAUCAACUACCUGGAUAAGAACAACCCAGACCGACCCGUUCGCGUCAUCAAGGGUCAUAGUAAGUCCAUUCAGUGUGUGACUGUACAUAAAGACGACGGCCGGAACAUCCUCUACUCUGGCAGCCAUGACGGACAUAUCAAUAUCUGGGAUAGUGACAGCGGCGAGAACGAUGCGCUAUCAGGAAAAGGUCACACGAACUCCGUGACUCGGCUUACCGUAGAUGACUCGGACCAACUGGUGAGCUGCAGCAUGGAUGAUACAGUCCGCUUCACCGACCUGAAGAAGAAGGAGUACAGCGCUUCUGACGUGACGAAGAUGGACACUCAGCCAAAGACCAUAUCUGUCGGAUCAGGAGGCUUGGCUGUAGCUGCGUGCUUUGAACAGCUGGUGCUGUUGAAGGAUAAGCGGAAAGUUUUCACUCUGGAUAAUCUGGGCUAUGAGCCAGAAGUGGGCGCAAUUCACCCUGGGGGUGGCACCGUGGCAGUGGGCGGAGCUGAUGGAAUGGUGCAUCUCUACUCAGUCCAGGGGAACACCUUGAAGGACGAUGGGAAGGUUCUGAACACCAAAGGCCCUGUGACUGAUGUGCAAUAUUCCAGAGAUGGGGCAUUCCUCGCUGUCUCAAACGAGAAGAAAGUCAUCAUUAUAUACACCGUUGCCGAUGAUUACACGGUGAAGCACGAGUACUACGGACAUCACGCUAAAGUGGUAUGUCUGGCCUGGAGUCCUGAUAAUGAGCACUUUGCCUCCGGAGGAAUGGACAUGCUUGUGUUCGUCUGGACCAUCUCUGAUCCUGAAAAGAGGAUCAAAAUUCCUGAUUCUCACCGGUUGCACCACGUGAGCGGCUUGGCCUGGGUGGACGAACGCACGCUCGUCACGACUUCUCACGAUGCGUGUGUGAAACAGUGGACGCUAAAAAUCUAAGCACUCUUGCACACACUUGCAGGGACAGGAGACUUCUGUUGGGAAUCUGUCUUUUCUCACUCACCUGGACUUGCGUGCUCUCUUUGUUUUUAAGGGUUGUGUGCCAGGAAUCUCAAUCUCCUUUUUUUUUUUUUUUUUUUCCCUUUUUUUUUCUUUGUGUGCGCAAACGCAUGUGUGCAUCUCCUUUCUGCCUUCAGUCAGUUAACAUGCUCCUUAUCCCUCAUCUUUUAUGAAAGGUGUGACAUUCCAGAAUCAUGAGACCGAGACUUCCACUUGGCCACCAUUCAACACGUGCGCGCACACAACUUAUAAAACGUAACACAACUCCUGAUCUAACAAGAAGUUUUCUACCCAGUGCUGUAUCAUGGCUCAGUCUUGUUUUUGACCAGGUGGAGGUUUCGCUUUAGGGCUCUCUUAUCGUGUCUUGGGCUUCUGUGAUGGACCGUGGUCUGUUUCUGCAUUCUACUGACAGGAUGCGUGUCUGUUUCUUCAGGGAGCAAUAAUAGGUUGUAAAGCAGAAACGGAACAGUCCAGAGAUUUACUGUAGUGUAUGUGUGUUGGAUGCGAGUGUGGAAGAGGGACAUCGGUGUACUGUCCUUUGUCUCGGUCACUGUGGGUAUAUUUUUGUGUGAAUAUCAGCCUCUGCUUUUUUUCACUGAAGUGGAUGUGAUUCAUACUACUAAUAAUAAAUGAUUGAAAUAAAGCUGAACGCUUUUUA